GUGGUAUCCUCAAAACGUAACAAAUACACUGUUUACGAAGUUUAAUUUAAAUUAAUAAAAAUGGGAGUAAAAGAUCUUUGGAAUAUUUUGUCGCCUUUAAGCGAAAGAAAACCAAUGUUUGAGCUUCAAGGAAAAACAGUGGCUAUUGACAUGAGUUGCUGGGUUGUGGACAGUCAAACAGUAACUGAUCAUUCUGUGCAACCAAAAAUGUAUCUUAGGAAUCUCUAUUUUCGUACAGCAUUUCUCCUUAUGCAAGGAAUAUCACCGGUAUUUGUAUUAGAAGGAGAAGCACCUAUUCUGAAACAUAAUACAAUUGCAAAGAGAAAUAAUGUUCGCUCUGGUUUACAAGAAAAAAAAACCGCUCAUGCGAAAGGUAGAACACAGUUUAAUAGAAUUCUCAAAGAAUGUAAAGAAAUGCUUCAACUUAUGGGCCUAGCAUGUGUGCAAGGACAUGGAGAAGCAGAAGCAAUGUGUGCUCAUUUAAAUGAAGAUGGGCUUGUUGAUGGAUGCAUAAGUCAAGAUAGCGAUUGUUUUUUAUAUGGAGCAAAAAUAGUUUAUAGAAAUUUUUGUACAAGUGUACAAGGAAAUCGUGGAGGUUCAGGUGGUGCUGUGGAUGAAUAUAAAUUAGAAAAGAUAGAAAAGUUACUAGAAUUAGGAAGAAAUAAGAUGAUAGCAUUAGCUUUAUUAUGCGGUUGUGAUUAUACUGAUGGAUUGAAUGGAGUUGGUAAAGAAGCUGCUUUGAAGCUUUUUAAAAUUGUAAAUGAUGAAGAUAUUCUUGAACGAAUAAAAAGUUGGAGGACAGACAUUACUUUAGAUUAUAAAGAAGCAGAAUUAUUAAGUUCAAAUUUAUGUUCAUCUUGUGGACAUACUGGUAGAGUGCAGAAACAUACAAAGUCAGGUUGUGUAGAUUGUGGUACGACUGAGAAAUGUAGUGAUUCUUACAAAGAGAAAAGAGCAUUACUACUGAAUGAAAUUGCUUUACGUAAAAAGGCGCUUCUUAUUGAAGAUUUUCCAAAUCAGGAAUUAAUAGAUGAAUUUCUUAUUAGAAAAGAUCCAAUACCUAUGAAAAUAGAUAUUCAGUGGAAACAACCACAAGUGAAUGAAUUUAUAAAUUUUAUGGAACGACAUUUAUCUUGGGAACCACAGUAUGCUUUUGAAAAAAUAUUUCCACUAGUAACUCGUUGGCAGCUUGUACAUCUUCCAGAUAUCUCUGCUGAAACUCGUCUAACAAUACCUGAUUUAUACAUACCUGAAGCAAUAAAGAAAAUUCGAAAUAUUAGAUCUGUUGCUAGUUAUGAAAUUAUUUGGAAAACUGAUCAUAGUACAAUAGAAAGGUUAAAAAAAUACAUAGCAUUAAGUAAUGACGGUGAUAAUGAUGCGAAUAUUUUAUCUGAAUUGAUAAGCAUUGAGCCACAAAAUGCUGUACAAAGAUGUUAUCCAGAAUUAGUUGAAAUAUUUGAAAAUGCAAGAAAUGCGAAAACAAAAAAACGACCGACAAAAAAGAAAUUACAAAAUGAUACAGAUAGUGAUGGAAAACGUAAAGUAGAAAAGAGACGUCAGAAAAAAAAUGAAAAAGUUGAAGGUAAUAGGAAAAUUGAUGAAUUUAUUUCCAAAAAUGAUCCUGUGUCAUUGGAAGAAUCUUUUAGAAGAAUGAGUAUUACACCAAAGAGAUCUAAAAAAUGUAAAAAUAUGGAUGAUUUACGAGAAAAUCCGAAAAAAAAUGACAAAAUAAAACGCGGCCCUCAGUUCGAUAAAGUAUUACAAAUAGAGAAUAUUAAUUCAAAAUUAAAUAAUACAUUGGAUAGAAUGUUUAAUGAACUUUCACCAGAUGAUUUUGUUAGUGAUAACGAUGAUGUAAACAUAUCAGAGAUAAUAGAUGAUAUAUGUAAUCAAAAGGUUUUUCAAUUUAAUGAAUCAAAAGAUAUGUUAAUAAUUAAUAAUGAAAAUAAUCCAUGUGAAAAAAAUAUUGAAAAUAUGAAAACAAUUGAUAAUGUAGGUAAUCUUGAAAUUGAGUGUAAUCAAUAUUUAAAAAAUGAUACAAUUCAUGAUCAAUCAUUUGAUGAAUUUGCUGAUAUAACUGAAUCUUAUGUUCCUCUUAGUGAAAGAAUAAAAAAGAAAAGAUUUCAAAGAACUUCUACAUUAAUAAAUAAUAGAUUUACUUUUGGAAUUGAUGAUCUUAUGAAUGAUACUGAUCUGGAAAAUCGACAUACAUAGCAUUCAACAUAAAAUGCACUUUUUUUACGCAAUUAAAUAUGCAAUUAAUUAUUAGAUUAAAAUAUUAUUAAUUGUCUUCCUAUUAUCUAUGCAUGUAAAGUAUUAUGUAUAAUUUUGAGAAAUAGUAUUU